AUGAUGAUCAGUUUUAAACAAUAUUUCUUUGUUAUUGUAUUUAUUUCAUCAGUAACUAGCCCAGAGUGUAAAAAAAUUUUACCAUCAUUCAAAGCAUCUGCAUCAUCACAUAAAGAAAUUACACAUAUUCAAGUUGAUAUAAUUCAUUGUUUUGAAUCUAAAAUUUUAUCUGAUAAUAUUAAUCAUGUUCCAUUAUUCCUUUUCUUUAAAAGAAAUAAACAAGUUGAUUCAUUAGUUGGUGUUAAUACAAAUAAUUUUUCAAAAAAAGUAAUGGCUUUUGUAAAACAAAAAUAA